CUUGGAUCUUGUUGCAUCUGUUCAUUUGACUCCUCAGGACCUGGCUUAGCCUCUAGAGAUCACUUCCUGUAUGUGAGGACGGCGGUUGUGUGGCUGAAGCGUUUGAGACUUACCAAAGUUUCAGGAUGUUCCGCUGGAGUCAACAGACCCUUAAAUGUAGUCCCUCUACCAUCAGUACAUUGGUUCUCCAUCACACUGCUGUCUUUCUUCUGCUAACACACUAUGGAGGUCAGUCAGAAAUUAUCAGCUCCUCAGAGCCAAUCGUAGCAAUGAUUGGAGAUGACGUCAUUUUGCCAUGUCGCCUUGAACCCCGCACUGAUCUUGUUGAUGAGACCGUGGAGUGGGCCAGGCUGGACCUGAAUCCCAGAUAUGUCCAUGUGAGACGUGAUGGAGUGGAGAUCUUUCUAAAUCAGAACCCAUUUUAUAUGGGAAGAACAUCAUUAUCCCUCGAGAAACUGCGUCAUGGAGACAUGUCUCUGAUGAUCUCUGAGGUGAAACCUUCUGAUGAGGGAACGUACCGAUGCCUGGUUCCUGAUAAGGGUGCUACGGAUGUUGAGCUUAUUGUUGGCGCCGUUUCCUCUCAAGUCAUCAUCAUAGAGGACGUUACCACAAAGACAGCAGUUUUACAGUGUGAGUCUAAAGGCUGGUCUCCAGAGCCUGAGGUGUUGUGGUUGGACAAGAAAGGAAGAAUCCUGACUGCUGAAAAUCCAAGAUCAGAGAAAGAUCCUGGUGGUCUCUAUAGGAUCAGCAGCAGAGUGACUGUAGAGAACAAGAAGGACCAGGUCUUCACCUGUAGAGUCCAACAGAAGAACAUCAACCAGACCAGAGAGGCACAUGUUCACAUUGAAGAUGAUGCAUGCAUACCACCAUUAUUUUGUGCUGCGUGUGUUGCCAUGGUAAUAUCUGUGGUUGUACUGCUGCUGUCUGUGGUUUCCAUUGGUUUCAUUGUUCUUUGGAGGAGAAGACAAAAGAAAAUCAAUGAUGCUGAGGGCUAUUACUUUACUGUUGAAGAAGGAGCAGAAGAAAAAAAGGAACUUGCUGAAGGAAGUACAGAUAUGAACAAUCAAGAUGAUAAAAGUUUGCAGGACAAAGAGAAAGAUAUUGAAUUAUCACGCGUUAUUUCAAUUUUAGAGGAACAGAGAGAAGAUCUGAAGAAAUCAAGGGAAAAAUUAAAGUCCAAGGUUGACAAAGUGAGGACAGAUAUGGAGCUUAAUGUGGCUCUGUUUGGAGAGGGUGGGAAUGCCAUUGAUAUCUAUCUCAGUCAGGCAGCGAUUAUUGGCUCCCCGAGCUCAAAGCCAAUAGUAGCAAUGAUUGGAGAGGACAUCAUCUUGCCUUGUCGCCUUAAACCCAGCGCUAAUGUUGUUGAUGAGACUCUGGAGUGGUCCAGACUGGACCUGAAUCCCAGAUAUGUCCAUGUGAGACGUGAUGGAGUGGAGCUUCUUCUUAAUCAGAACCCAUUGUAUGUGGGAAGAACGUCAUUAUCCAAUGAGAAACUGCGUCAUGGAGACAUGUCUCUGAUGAUCUCUAAAGUGAAACCCUCUGAUGAGGGAACGUACCGAUGCCUGGUUCCAGCAAAGGGUACGGUGGAGGUUGAGCUCAUGGUUGUCAUCAUCAUGGAGGACGUUACCACAAAGACAGCAGUUUUACAGUGUGAGUCUAAAGGCUGGUCUCCAGAGCCUGAGGUGUUGUGGUUGGACAAGAAAGGAAGAAUCCUGACUGCUGAAAAUCCAAGAUCAGAGAAAGAUCCUGGUGGUCUCUAUAGGAUCAGCAGCAGAGUGACUGUAGAGAACAAGAAGGACCAGGUCUUCACCUGUAGAGUCCAACAGAAGACCAUCAACCAGACCAGAGAGGCACAUGUUCACAUUGAGGUUACAGAUGAUGAUGAGAAUGAGAAUGAUGAGAAUAUUUACGCUGACAUUGAAGUUGUAGCAGAAGAAGAACAGAAACUUGCUGAUGAAAGUGCAGAUAUGAACAAUCAAGAUGAUCAAAAUUUGAUGUCAAACCAGAGGAAUGGACCUUCCCAGAAAUGUCAUCUCAGUACCAUCAGUCUACUUGUUCUUCAACUCACCGCUGUUUUCCUUCUCCUGCCACACUGUGGAGGCUCCGUUUCCUCUCCAGUUGUUAUCAUAGAAGAGGUCAGCCCAAACAGGCUGGUUUUACAGUGUGAGUCUAAAACCUUGAACCCAGAGUCUGAGGCAUUGUCUCUGGACAAUGAAGGAAAGAACCUGGCUGUUGACUACAGAGAAGAGGAAGGUCCUGGUGGUCUCUACAGGAUCAGCAGCAGAGCGACUGUAGAGAAGAGAAACAGCAACAUCUUCACCUGCAGAGCCAGAGAGACGAACAUCAACCAGACAGCAGUGACGAAAAUUCAGAUUAAAGAUACUGUAUGCAUGACUUCCCCUCACUCUCCUGCUUGUACUGCCGUGUCCAUAUGUAUUUCCCUGAUCCUGAUUUCUGCAUUCUUUGCUGUUUAUUGGAGGAAAAGGGAACAAAAAAAACAGGCAGAGGCAAAACAGGAAGAAGAAAAUCGUGUUAAAGAACUUAAUGAUCAACACGAGAUGGAUCAACUGAACAAGAAGCUAAAGGAGAAAGAGGAGGAAAAAGAGGACAUGAAACUAGUGAUUUCAAUAUUGGAGGAGCAGAAAAAAGAUCUGGAAAACUCAGCAGGUAAAUUCAAGUCAAAGCUAGAUGAAGUGGAGCAUGAUCUGAAGAAACAGAAGGGGAACGCAAUUCAGAAACUACAAAGGAAAAUGGACAAAGAUGCCAAAGAGAACCGGGCUCAGAUCAAACAGGAACUUGAAAACAAAAAGACAAAAUACAAAAAUUCCCUGGAGAGCACUGAGGAAAAACUCAAGGAAAUGGCAGAGUUGAUUUCAGAAAUGAAUGAGAGGAAGGGAAGAGUGGAAAUUCAGAUCAGGGAAAUUAACUUUAGUUUAAAGACAAUAACAAAGCGUAGACGUUAGUCAGAGCAAUCUAAGAGAGAGGAGACACAUAAAAACACAGAGUUGAUUUCAGAAUCGAGGUUAGAAUGGGGGAGAAUGAGCAGCACUGAAAGAUGGCAGAGCAGAAUCAGCAACAGCAUUUUUGAUGACACACAUGAUGGUUACUGUCUUGUUGUCAUAUUAAUCACUAAAACCAGUAACCUGUGGUUAGAGCGCUGGUCUCUGCAGCCGACAACGGCUCUUUGUACAUAGCAGUGUGAUGUUGAAGAUUAAAAUAAUUUUCAGAAAAUUAGUAUAAAACAUUUGUAUUGUGAAUGAAAUUAAACUGAUAUACCUUUGAAUAUUUGCUUGAAAAAAAACUGCUAAAAUUUUCACACACUCUCGAAAAUUUAUAAUCUCAUCUUGUGGCAGUCAUAUUUAACGCUGACAAAGAAGGACAAAAAAACAUCUUAACAAAGUUUAUGAAGAGUCCCAGUGCACCUGAAUGCAUCUAAAUGUUGUUUCUAUUGACUCCCAUUUAUUAUCUAUCAUCUGUAUAUCUUUUCAAAUGCAUAAAGUUACUAUUUUCUUUGUAAACACCUAACAUCAUUUCUUAAACUGACAUAUUUUUACAAAUACAUUUAAACUGCUGUAGCUGGGUUCCUGUAUUUCCUGGCUUCUUAAGGUCUUUUACAAUAUUUGGCUUGAAUGUGAUUGGCAGGAUUGUAUUUGGGUUCUUCUGCUGUGAGGUUUUACUGAUGUUGGUUGGGUUGCUAUAUUGUCUUGGUCUUUUUUUUUCUGAUUUUGACUCUUUUGCUUUGUGUUUUUGUUUGCUUCUGUAUUUGACAACACUGUAAAUCAU